AUGGCACCCAAGGCAAUUGUAGCACCCUCGAUUCUCGCGGCCGACUUUGGCAACUUUGGCCAUGAAUGCUCCAAAACCAUUGAGCAAGGAGCUGAUUGGCUUCACGUCGACAUUAUGGACGGCCACUUUGUUCCCAACAUUUCAUGGGGGCCUGGCGUUGUCGCUAAGAUUAGAGGCCAUGUUGAUAAGCCCAUCGAGGCAUGGGGCAAGGGCACUUUCGAUUGCCACAUGAUGGUUUCCGAGCCCAAGAAAUGGGUAAAAGGCAUGAAGGACGCCGGGGCAAACCUGUAUUGCUUUCACUACGAGGCCGCCUUCUCCUCCGACUCCGAUAACCCAGAGGUCCAAUCCAACGGAAAGACGAACCCCCGCGCGCUUACUCGCUUUAUUCACGAACAAGGUAUGCUGGCUGGUGUUGCCAUUAAGCCUGCAACGUCCGUCGACGUGGUGUGGGAGCUCCUUGAGAGCGAAGAUCCUCUCGAGAGGCCAGACAUGGUUCUUAUCAUGACGGUCGAACCCGGAUUCGGCGGUCAGAAGUUCAUGGCCUCGCAGCUGCCCAAGGUCCAGGCCCUGCGCGAAAAGUACCCUGAGCUCAACAUUGAGGUCGACGGCGGACUGACGGGGUCCACCGUCCACCAGGCCGCUGAUGCGGGUGCCAACGUGAUCGUCGCGGGUAGCGCUGUUUUUGGCGCACAGGACCCCGCAGCAGUCAUCUCGAUUCUGAGGGAAGCCGUCGAUAAGAAGAACGGCAAGCUCUGA